CCCUCUUGAAAUCGAAACCCAGAGCCAAUUCCCAAAUCAAAAACCUAAUCACAGCCGGCCAUCUCUCUCACUCCCUUCCCCUCCCUCCCCUUUAGUUUCACUCUCACUUUCUUCUCUUCGGCUUCCCUUCCAUGUCUCCUUCUUCUAUACAAUCAUCGAUACCCCUUGUUUGGUACCCGGCUAUAUUUCAUUAAUCUCCCAACCCUUGCUUUCCUUUCUCAUCCAGCGAUUCAGUUUUCUACAUCUAUAUCCCCAACUCCCUUGUAACCCCGUAAAAAAAGAUGAAGAGGAGCGGCUCCAGGAACAAGUUCCUGAUGUGUUUCCGGCCGGUCGCCGAAAUGGAAGAUUGUGUUCUCGAUGAUGGGUUUGGUCUCCACAAGUCCAAAUCAGCCGCCCUUCUCUCGAUUGAUCGGUCCAACAGUCAGGCCUUUCUGCUUUCCGCGGCGGGGAGCGACGAAUUCACUGAUUCGAUGGGGAAGAAGGUGACUCUGGAUCGCUCUGUUUCCGAUUGCUCUGCCUUCGCCGGCGGCCGGCGCUCCGUCAGUUCCGAGGUGGAAGAGGUUGUUGUUCCGACUCCUCGUCAACAUCAUCAUCGAAGGAAGAGCUUUUCCCGUGCGAUCAAGGCUGUUCUAUUCGAGCCCAUAUCGUCAAAGCGAGGUAACGACCGGAAAUCGAUGAACCGGGUCGCCGACGAAUCGAAUCAUGGCUCAUCGUUGACCCGGAUAGACUCCAUGGAUAAGGAGCAGUGCAACUCGAUCCGAAAGGAAUUCGAAGACAGUCUGGAACCCAAAUCGUCUUCUUCUUCGUCAUCGUCGUCAUCAUCUUCUUCGCUUGCAUCUUCAACAUCGCUUCCGAGUUUGAGUUCUGGAUCGGACUCUGAAACCCCUACAAAAUCUUCGUCGGUGGAGAAAAGGGUGAAAACCCGGAAACCCGAACAGAGCCCCGAACCCGACCCGAAACAAUCGGGCAGCAGUUUGACCGUAUGUUUACUGCUGCUGGUCAGCCUUGGGGUGACUGUAUUAGGAGGCAAGUUCUUGGGCGUGGCGUUGACUCUAAUUUGUCUGUAUUCCUUCCCUCGCCGGCGGCAACACAAACUUGUCGUCGAUCCACCGACGGGAGAGGCGAGAACGUCACGGCAGGAAAAACAGAGGGUGUCGAGAGAGUACAAAAAACAGAGGGUCGUGAUGGAAGGGAUGCUUAAAAGGAACCACCGUAGUUACCCUUGCCUGAACGGCCAAAAUCAGAAUCUACAGCUUCAGCAGAGUAAAUAAUGAAAGAACAAAAAAGGAAGAGGGGAACAAUGGCGGGGCCAGAGCAUUAAGAAGUGGAUCUUGGCAGGGAACAGAUUUCUGGUUUCGUGUCGUUAAAAAUUUGAAAUCUUUUCAAAGUAAAAGAAAAAUCCAAGAGCCCUUGUGUAUGGUUUCUUGGGGAUUUGGGCGUGAAUCUGCAAAAUGAUGCAGUGACACAUUCUGUUCCUCCUUUUCUCUGGCAAUGGCUUAUUUUUUAUUUAAUUUUUUUACCUUGUAAUGAUUGGAAGGUUUGUAAAGGAGUACAAAGAAAAAUCAAUCAUGGUGGAAACUAUAGUGGGUUUCUGUUUUCUUCUUCUUUUCAUUGUGUUCCAGUGGGGUUUCUUGAGGUAUAAAUUGUAAAAAAGUUGCAGCCUUUUGGCUCCAAUUUAUAAGGUAUUUACUGAAUGCUGCAUAGUCGAGGAGUGUACAAGAGAUGCCAUUCUAGGGUUGAAAGCUUAGAUGGUGAGACUAUUGACUACAUUGAAUGAAAUAAAAUUGUUACA